GUGCCGAAUGAGCUGUUGUCUGUCAGCGCUCGAGAGCUAGCGUCCAUUAGAAGGGCAAGUGGCGCCAAGCUGCGAAUAAGAACUGGGCAGGAAGGAAUUUCAUAUUUAUAUACCUAUAUCUAUCUAUAUUCCUAUAGAAAAGGAUUUGCCUCAGACUGGAGUUACCACUGCUCUUUUCGACUGCGCCUCCUCGGCGCUAACGGCAAUGCCAGGCGCAUGCGCGGGGACGGGCUCUGGGCUGACUGCGCAGGCGCAUUGAAGCCCGAGUCAGCUCUUUCCCCCUCCCCCCUCCGGAGUCUCCAUUCGGCAAGCGGCCCGGUGACCGUGAGAUGAAUCACAAAACCGGGCCUCUCACGGAGGAUGAUGACGACGGCGGCGGCGACGACCAGCCAGGGAAGCCCAGUGAAAACCUACGAUUACCUGCUGAAGUUCCUGCUGGUGGGGGACAGCGACGUGGGCAAGGGAGAGAUCCUGGAGAGUUUGCAGGAUGGAGCCAGCGAGUCCCCAUACGCCUACAGCAAUGGAAUUGACUAUAAGACCACUACAAUCCUGCUGGAUGGCAGGCGUGUAAAGCUAGAGCUCUGGGACACUUCGGGUCAGGGGAGGUUCUGCACGAUCUUUAGGUCCUAUUCCAGGGGUGCACAGGGUAUACUCUUAGUUUAUGACAUCACUAAUAGAUGGUCCUUUGAUGGGAUUGAUCGUUGGAUCAAGGAAAUUGAUGAGCAUGCUCCUGGUGUGCCAAGAAUCCUGGUUGGUAACAGGUUACAUCUUGCCUUCAAGCGGCAGGUUCCCACUGAACAGGCACGUGCUUAUGCUGAGAAAAAUGGGAUGACAUUCUUUGAAGUCAGCCCACUCUGCAACUUCAAUGUGACUGAGUCCUUCACAGAACUGUCUCGGAUUGUGCUGAUGAGACAUGGCAUGGAAAGGUUCUGGAAACCAAACCGAGUUUUCACACUGCAAGACCUUUGUUGCCGAGCCAUUGUUUCCUGCACACCUGUUCACCUUAUUGACAAACUACCACUACCUGUUGCCAUAAAAAGCCACCUCAAGUCUUUUUCCAUGGCCAAUGGAAUGAAUGCUGUCAUGAUGCAUGGGCGUUCGUACUCUCUGGCCUCAAGCAGCAGUGGAAGUAAAGGGAACAGCUUGAAGAGGUCAACUAAACCCCCCCGACCGCCACAGAGUCCACCUCAGAGCUGCACACGCACUAACUGCAAAAUCUCUUAGCAAAAAGGUUUUGUUUCAAGCUGUCCUGUUUGGCAGGAACUUUGCCAGCUGGUCAAGCUUGGAACCUGAACUCCCAUGAAACAGUUCUUGCAGCUUCCUGCUGGACCAAAUGAAGAUGUACUCCGCAUUUUUCAAAGGAACACCUCUCUUUUUGAUCAAUGAGUAAACACGCUAGUUGAAACAGACACUCAUUACAUUUUGUUUUGACAAUUUGCACUGAAAUUUCAAACUAGAGUGUUUUAAAGAGGCUUGCAGGUGCCACUGUUAAUAAAGGGACAAGCAAUUUUAAGGAAGGUGGUACUGGCAUGUUUACACGGCUUUGAUCGGAACAUAAAUCUUUACCUUUGUCCUCAUGACUAAUAUAUUAUUGCUAUGUGGUGAAAAGAAGAAUCUCUGGGAAUUUAACCAGUACAAAUGCAAAGAAUGCUCUUGCUACUAUAAUUCUUACUAGCGUCACUAAAAUCCGUGCCUUUUAAUAUUAUAGACUAUAUCUAGCCUGCAAUGGCCUGCAUGUGGCCUUUCAUACCUUAACCAUGCCUUGCAUCUUUAUCUUCUAUAGACCAGGACAACUCUUAAGAUCAAAGGUUGACUGACAAGGUCAUAUGUUUUCCACAAUUCUUAAUACAAAGAUUAAUAAUAUGUAUUACUAUUUAAUUUAUAUGCUAUAGACUACUUGUAAUAUUUUUCCCUGUUGUAAUGUAUGAUGCCAUCAUUGAUUUAGUCGUUGUUUAACUGUCUUCCACAUUAGCAAAAGUUGUGGUAAUCUCACUUCAAGUGAUGGAAAUUUAAUCUCCACCUCCAACUUCUCGACAAAUCAGGUAUGAUGUCAUUAUUUUUGGCAACCUCAAGUAAUUUCAAGACAUCAUAUAUAAAUCAACUGAACAAAAACUUUUCGGUUGAUCUUUUCAUGUCUUUUCAGGUCGUUAGAGCAAAAGGGUUUCUGGCAAUGAUUUUAGCGUUUGUAGUAUGCCAGAAGCACCCUGCCACCACUUCUUCUCUCACCCCUUUUCUCCUUUCUAACAAAGGAAAAGAAAUAGAACUGUCUCCCUCUUUUGUAAGUGAUAACUGUGUUUCUCCUCUUUCUAUAAAAAAAUCUUUGCAUCUUUGGCCAAUAAUUGUAACAGCUUUCUAUUAUGAUGACACUUGUGAAAGGUAAACUGACUAAAUGGAGAGAAUGCAUAGGAGAGACCUACUGUAACACUGAGGAUAGGCCACCUUCUGCACCUGAACUGGAUAAUAUUUGCAGUAUCACCUAGUCUUUUUGAGAAAAAAGGGAACAAUUGAAGUAAAAUGUUCAAUUAUGUAAAACACUAUUUCGCAUUUAUUAUAGCUGCUGUGACACUUGAGAAUGAUUUUUAAGUGUUUUAUUGGCAUUUUUUCUUUGUACAGUUUCAAUGUUCAACUGUGAAAUACAUUUUUUUUUCAAAAUAA